AUGAGUUUGGUUUCGCGACACUGCGUUCAAACGUGCAACUUUUUCUUGAAGACUGUUCGAGAUUACUCGACCAAAGCCGCAAUAAAUCCCGAUAUUAGUUCCUCUAAUAAUGAAGAAUCAAACAACGAGACGAAUCAGACAGAGGCUCAAACUCAUUUUGGCUUUAAAUAUAUACCGGAGAGCGCAAAGGAGACGUUAGUCGGUCAAGUAUUUGCGAAUGUUGCCUCGAAAUAUGACUUGAUGAAUGAUGCAAUGAGUAUUGGCAUCCAUCGUCUAUGGAAAGAUCAUUUUAUACGCUCGUUGGCACCUGGUCCAGGCACUAAGUUGAUCGACGUAGCAGGUGGAACAGGUGAUAUCGCACUUGGCUUUCUCAAUUAUUGUAAGGAGAUUCAUGGAGAUCGGUCAGCGCACGCAACUGUUCUUGACAUAAAUCCUAAGAUGCUUGAAGUCGGGAAAAAACGAUUUGCAAAGACUUUAUUUAACAAAACUUCUCAGGUCUCCUUUAAAGUUGGGAAUGCCGAACAACUUGAUUACCCUUCGAAUUCCUUUGACGCGUACACGAUCGCGUUUGGUAUACGAAAUUGCACCCACAUUGAUAAGGUGUUAAAAGACGCAUAUCGAGUCUUGAAACCAGGCGGGAGAUUUAUGUGUCUUGAAUUCGGAAAAGUAGAACAUCCUAUCAUUUCUCCGAUCUAUAACUUAUACUCGUUCCAAGUGAUUCCGGUGCUAGGACAAAUAAUAGCGGCCGAUAGAGACUCGUAUCAGUAUCUCGUGGAAAGUAUUCGUCAGUUUCCUUCACAACCAGAGUUUGCUAGAAUGGUGCGUGAUGCUGGGUUUGCUUUGGUUGGCAAGGGUUGGGAAGAUCUCACUUUUGGUGUAGCAGCGAUUCAUUCGGGAUUCAAACUAUAA